CACUGGACGCUUAAGGGGUGGGGCUGAAACUGGGGACCGUUCUGAAGCGAAAGUGUCUCUAGAGCUACAUGUCCGAUUGGGGGGAAAAAAUCCAAUAUAAUGGAAAGGGAACUGAAUUUGAACCGAGCUGAGACAUUCUCCUUUGUCAACCCCUGGAUCAGAUAUUUUCUCUUCUUCUUCAGCUUCUUGUUUUGGGUUUUCUCCUUGCUGAUUGUUGCAAUCGGAGUGUAUGCCAAAGUCCAGAAAGCUACAGACACGGUGCGGGACACAUUCCUGAUCGACCCGGCCGUCAUUCUAAUUGUGGUGGGGGUGGUCAUGUUCUUCAUCACGUUCUGCGGCUGUAUCGGAGCCCUCAGAGAGAACAUUCGCCUCCUCAAGACCUUCUCCUUAAGCCUGACACUGGUGUUCCUCACACAGCUGGCCAUAGCAUUUCUGGGCUUCUUCUACUCUGAUCAGACACGGGAUGCUUUAGGAAAGUUUGUGAAAAAAGCCAUCGUACACUACAGGGAUGACCUGGAUCUGCAGAACCUGAUGGAUUACAUCCAGAAAGAGUUCAAGUGUUGUGGAUGGAACAACUACACUGACUGGUCGUGGAACAUCUACUUUAAUUGCACAAGUGAGAACCCCAGCUCGGAGCGCUGUGCCGUGCCCUACUCCUGCUGCACUCCUGUUCCUGGAGAGGCAGUGAUCAACACCAUGUGUGGUUUUGGGGUCCAGACCCAAAAUUUUCUCGAUGCAGACAAGUCAAUCUACCCAGUGGGCUGUGCAGACAGAGCUGUGAUGUGGAUUGAGUCUCAUCUGCUGCUGGUGGGAGCUCUUACCCUGGGUCUGGCCUUGCCUCAGAUCGCAGGCAUCGUGCUAUCUCAGAUCCUCAUUUCACAGAUCCAAGAUGAGAUUUCAGCAUUUUGAAAAAAAGGGGAGUCUGAAGCUGUUCAGCCAGAGCAAGGACAUCUUUAUUUUAUUUUUUUUAUUCUGUUGCUGUGACCAUACAGUGUUAGAUGAUAUUAUUUUUAAAGUCCAGAGCCUUCAGGGCAUACUAAUUUGAUUCUCUUCAUUGUGUUACUGCAAGAACUACUCACAUACUAUGAGCAAAAUAAUUGUUUUCUGGUUUCGAACAUGGCUUUUUUUAUGUGAUAAAUUUGCUAAUAAAAGUUAAAAAACAUCUUUGUAUGUUUGUUACUGUGUAUAGAAAUAAUAUGCAUGCAUAUGUAAACUCACACACACACACAUAUGAAUGAAAAAUAAAACAGGAUAAGCAUUAUCUACUUGCUCUUGGAUUAAAACAGGAACCCUAUUGCUCGACCCUCAUGUUUUGUGUGGAUC